AUGGUGGUGUCCUCCGCAGCGCCGGCGUGCCGGGACAUGGCGCCCUCCCUCGGCAUUCCGACGGUCGACAUGUCCGCGCCAGCGGGGCGCGCGGAGCUGUCGCGGGAGAUGGUCGAGGCGUUCGCGGAGCGCGGCUUCUUCAAGGCGGUCAACCACGGCGUGCCGCCGCAGGUGGCCGCCCGGUUGGACGCGGCCAGCACGGCGUUCUUCGCGCAGCCGGCACCGGAGAAGCAGGCAGCCGGGCCGCCGGACCCCCUGGGGUACGGAAGCCGGAGCAUAGGGUCCCACGGCGACGUCGGCGAGCUGGAGUACCUGAUCCUCCACACGGACCCCGAGGCGGUGGCGCGCAAGGCCAAGGCCAUCGAUAGGGAGGACCCUUCACGGUUCAGCGAGGCGGUGAACGAGUACGUCCAGGCCGUGAGGCACCUCGCGUGCCAGAUUCUUGACCUGCUGGGCGAGGGGCUGGGCCUCCGGGACCCGUCGUCCUUCAGCAAGCUCAUCUCAGCCACGGACAGCGACUCCCUCGUCAGGAUCAACUACUAUCCACCAGCAGCCGCCGGCGAUGGCGACGUCAAAGGCCCGAGCUCCGUCGGGUUCGGCGAGCAUUCCGACCCGCAGAUCCUCAGCGUCCUCAGGGCCAACGACGUCGACGGCCUGCAGGUGCUCUUGCCGGACGCUCGCGGCGAGGACGCCUGGGUGCAGGUGCCGGCCGACCCUGCAGCCUUCUUCAUCAACGUCGGCGAUCUCCUUCAGGCUCUUACAAAUGGGAGACUGGUGAGCAUCCGGCACAGGGUGAUGGCUAGCACCACCAAGCCGAGGCUGUCCGCGAUCUACUUCGCGACGCCGGCGCUGCACGCCAACAUCUCCGCGCUCCCGGAGACGGUGACCGCCGACAUGCCGCGCCGGUAUAGGCCGUUCACCUGGGCCGAGUACAAGAAGACGAUGUACACGCUCCGCCUGAGCCACAAUCGCCUCGACCUCUUCAAAGUCUUAGUCGAUGAAGGGGGUGAUCAAGAAUAGCCAAGUUUAAAUCCAUAUCCAAGAUGAUGGUGCAUAUGGUAUAGAGAUGUAGAGUUGUAUACGAAAUUUUGUCUCUUUGGCAGCUAUGAACUGCUGAUUUGUUUGUGUUAUUAUUAUCCUGAUGGUAGCAGAAGAAUAGCCGACUCAUGGUUGUGCAGAUGUAACUGUGUAGUAGUUCUAUGAAGAUAUG